AGCAUGUAACGUGAGGCUAUUUACUCAACGUCGCUCCUAUACCGAUAUCCGUGCAUUCCUCGAUGCUCUGUAUGAGGUCGGCUUUAUUUGUCAAACCUUACUCUGACAUGCUUGAGGAUGUUAGAUCAACAGUAUGUCCGAGAGUGUCUCAGAAGUAUCAAAUAAGAUGGAAAGGAGAAAAAUAUUUCAGUUUAAUUUGAACGCUUUGGGUCCCUAAUCGGAGAUUGAUUUGGCGAUUAAGCCUCCGACGCAGACGAGGUUAGGUUUGAAAACCUAAAAACUGUCGAUGUCAUGAGUUGUACGUUGGGAAGUGGUCGAACUCAACGCAACUUGCGAACCUUUGCCGGCCAUUUCUUGUGAGGUGACAAGGUCCUGUGGGAACAUCACUCAGCUUGUUGUAUGCGUACGUUACUGUCGUCAUUUGGAAAGCAUAUCGGGCCAACGCGUUCAAAGCUGUGCUUUGAGCAAAAUCCGAACACAGUUGCGACAGCAGUACCAGUAGUACAGGCAGGGUGUGGACAGGUACAUGUAUACCCAGCAGCAUGUUAGAUGACAAGUACUUCCGCCAGCUAGCAAGUAGCUUGGGCCAUGAGUGGCUGAAGCUUGCCUCAUAUCUGGAUUUUAGCCGAGAUGUCAUCGACAGGUUGCAGGAGGACUACCGCAGAGCUGAGGAGUGCAUCUUUCAGAUGCUGGUUUCCUGGAGACAGAACUCAGACUGGAGGCUGAAUAACAGCCUGAAGCUACAAGGGGCAUUGGUCAAAUGUGGGCGGCGCGAUCUCGCAGAUCAACUCCAAGACAUUUGUCUGAGCGAUGGUUUUCAGCAAGUAGUAACCCUGUCUGACUUUUCUGAAGAAAGUGAUGGCCGGCCUUUUGAAGAAAAUCGCAUCCAGCACAUUGAGUCAAACCAACACUGUAAAUGUAUCAAGCGCAUGAACAGUAUUGAGCAUUUGCAGAUGUUACGAGCAGAGUUCCAUCAACGUUUUGCACACUUGCAUGGCAUGGACCGACUUGGCAGUUUGUGCCAUCUGGUGGAUUUUGUUGCAGGGUAUUUUGACUUCUAUGGUGGGACGCUUGGCCUCCCUGAAUAUGACGUUCACCUGUAUAUCCCUCAAGGUGCAAUACCAUCAGGAAAAAUAGAGGAGGUGUAUCUGUACGUCAACCCCAUGGUCCAGUCUGUGUCAGGGUUGCAUUCUAGAGCCCUGCUCUCCCCUCUUGUCGAAUGUGGCCCAUCAGGACUAAAGUUUCUGAAGAGUGUAGUGCUCCAUCUCCCACACUUCGCAACAAAUGGUGGAACAGGCUGGGAUAUCACAGCAGGUGUUUCAUACUCGGAGUCAGAAGACACCCACUCAGAUGAUUGGAAUAAUCUGAGUCCAGAUGAGAACAGCAAUUUGAUCAUCAAUCAGCAGCAGAUUAUAUUGGCACUAGAUCACUUCUCAACAUAUGCUGCAAUUGGAACACCAUUUAAUGAGGAUUGUGGCAAGACGAUGAAGAUCUACAUUUCUCCUAUCAAUUCUCCAACUGAUAGCCUUAACGUUCAUGUUCUGAUCUGGAACAACAUCAACAUAACAAGACAGUGUGUAAUCAGAAGUCAUGAAAGACUCGCCUUUGGUGUUUUGGAUGAAGCAUGCUACUUGAAUGUUACCUGGCAUGGAGGGGAUUUAAUGCUGCAGCUAAAUAACACCUGCCCUGGAUACAAGGUUGAAACAACCAAAAAGCGUAUUGCAAAAGAAGUCCUGUGGGAAAACCAGGUGCAUAGUGUGACCUUUGACCUUUCAGUGGAUACGGCCAAUCAUAGCGGAGCUGCGAAAAAGGAAUGGGAUGGACAACAGCUAUGCAAUGUGGACAUUUAUCAGAGGAGCUGGGGUCCCUCAAGAAGCCCUGUACAUCUGUCUGUUCACCAUCCACACGCCAACAAAGCUGAUGUUAGUGCCAAGGGCAAACAGAAGACCGUAGAUCAUUCCAAGACAAGGACAGGUAGUAAAAGUGAAAGAAAAAGGAACUUCCCUGAAAGCUUGACCACAGGUGAACGUAACAGCUCCCAGACUGAUGAUGUCUUGCCAUGGAAAUUCAAAAUAUCUGUGGAUUUGGGUCAAACGGACUGCACUGACGGCACAAGUCAUCUCCUACGUGGCAUUGCAGCCUACAGAAGUGGUGAAAUAGUCGUAAGUGACUUUGUAAACAACCAGUUGGUGAUCUGCAACAUCAAGAAUGUUGUCCAAGCUAAGAUUCCACUGGAAAGAGUGUGGGACGUUGCCGUUCUGCCCAACAACAACUUAGUCGCAGUUGAUGAGACAAGCGAAGUAAAGGUUUUCACUGAGAAUCAUACAUUAGCCUUUACAUUCACAACCAAACCAGCUGCAGUGGACAAAGCUCAAGUGGGUCUGGUUAGUGCAGCUGUUGGUGAAGGUGGCAAUAUCUUCAUUGGUGAUGCAUUCAGUAAUGUCGUUUCAGAGCAUCUCCCAGCAGACGGCACUUUAGUGGGUACCAGAAAGUUGCACGUGUGUCCUCACUUCCUGGCUGUCAAUAGAAAGGGUCAGCUAUUAGUGAGCGGCUGGAAUGCCUGCAAGGUUGACAUCAUGGAUGACCGCAAUGUACAUAUAGUGAUACAGACAAUUCACCCCACUAUCCGAGGCAAGCCGGCAUGGUGUCUCGGAGUUUGUUGUAGCACCAAAGAUGAUAUCUUCAUAGUAGUGACAUCCAGCAAUGACAGACUGGGUCAUGUUCACAGAUACAACACUCAGGGUGACUUUGAGGAAUGCAUAGUGAAGGGCUUACACAAACCCCGGGGCAUUGUGUGUAUUGAUGACACUAAGCUAGCUGUUGCUAAUGACAACACAGUCAUGCUAUUUGAGAAACAGGAUUCAUAAAUUAUUUACCUACAUGUAUAACCAGGGGCUUCAAGCUUCACCUUCCAGAUUUUAUUUUAUCUUAAAGUCCACUUUUAGCUAAACCGGUAGAUACUGUACAUGAAAUCCUGUCACGUAGCUGGUGAAAGUGAUAAGAGGUUUAUCAAACUACAAUUUUGAGAUGUCAAAUUUUUUACUACAAGAGCAGUGUUUGGAGUCUUUUCAUUUCACUCCAGGCAGUAACAUGCUUCUUUUGGUUAUGUACAUGUAGCUAU